GAGGAGGACGACAGCGAGCCGGAGUGGGAGGCAGCGGCUACCGCCGGCGAAGAGGAAGCGCAGCGGCGCGACGAUCGCAGAGAUCGAACACUCGUCGAGACACACUCACCGCCUCGAUCGGGCUCUCCGACCGGCAGGCUCGGGUCGCCGCAUCCGUCCGCUCGGGCUCGUUCCUAUGCCGGUCUUCGGCUUAGUCGAGCAGUCAAGUUGGUUUCACGGUGUCGGGCAAUCGCGAACAUUCGCAUCAUUCCGGACACUCCGCAGACCACCAGAAAUGUCGUCACCGUAUUGCAUCUUGAGAAUGAGGUCUGGUCUUGA